AUGACGUCGGCCACCGCGCUUGACGGGAUCCCCAGCUCUUCUUCCGAGACGUCCACAGUGACUGUCUCAAGUCAAGUUCGUGGUAUUUUUGACUUUGAUUUGGGUGAAAAUUCGCAACAUAGUAGCGGUAACAAGCUACUAGAUCGAAGCAAACAGUGCGAGAUAGUCAAGCGCCUUAUGGCGCAGGCGGAUCAACAGGGACUGCAGGUUGGGGAUAAACGCUUUUUACUUUCGGCUAAAUGGUGGGAGCACUGGUGCGAGUUUGUAGGCUACGGUGACAAGAGCUUCGUGCCUGUAAGUGUAGACAUUCCGGCGCCCGGGCAUAUAAAUAAUCUACCAUUGCUUAAUGUCGGCUCGGAUACGGCCUUAGACGAGCUUAUGGGCGGUCCACUGCGGCCUCAUUUAAAGGAAAAUUAUCACUACGUUCUUAUACCUCUCGAGGUGUGGGAUGCGCUCACAGUUUGGUAUGGUGGAGGACCAACUAUUGCUCGAUUCGUUGUCCAAGUCGGGGACCCAAAGCUAGGCAAUACUUUUAACCGUGUGCAAGUCUUUCCGGAACAGGGAGUAGACAAAGCGUCUGAAAUUUCAACAAAUGACUCGUCAGAUAAACCGAUGCGAGAUGAAUGCAAAACAGUCAAGUUUGCUGCAAGCGGUAUGAAGGAGGACAACCUUAACAUCGUUGCUAAAAAGCCUGUGAGACAAAAAGUGGAUGGCGUCGCUGGCUCGAUUUCAAAAAUGUGUGGAGCGUGUAGAAAGCAUACCGGCACGUUUAAGCGAUGUGGAGGUUGUCGGCUGAUUUGGUAUUGCAACUCAAACUGCCAAAUGUCGCACUGGAAAUACCACAAGAUCGUGUGUCGUUCGACUGUUACCGCUGAAGAAAAAGAGGACGAUAUCUUGCAAUGUUUACAAGCUGAACGACGAGGUAAGAUGGGCCUUCGCAAUUUGGGAAACACUUGCUUUAUGAAUUCGGCGCUGCAGUGUUUGAGCCACGUGGAGAUAUUGACACGCUAUUUUUUGAGCAACAAGUACAAAAAAGACUUAAAUCCUGACAAUCCGUUAGGAACAGGUGGUAAUUUGGCUGCAGAGUACGAUGCCUUGCUAAAGGAUUUGUGGUUUGGCACAGUCCCUUGUACAUCUCCGGCCAAUUUGAAGCGGGCAAUUAGUCGCUUUGCUCCACAAUUCUCAGGGUUCCAGCAACACGACGCGCAAGAGCUGCUUGCAUAUAUCAUCGAUGGCUUGCAUGAAGACUUGAAUCGCGUCAAACACAAACCGUAUACUGAAGUGAACGAGUCAGACGGAUCACAAGAUGAUGCUGCUGUUGCAAAGGAAGCUUGGAAACGUCAUUUGCUGCGCAAUGACAGUAUUUUUGUGGAUCAUAUUCAGGGUCAAUUCAAGUCAACAGUUGUGUGCCCAACUUGUAACAAGAUUUCAAUUACUUUUGAUCCAUUUAAUUGCAUUCAAUUGGAAUUACCCCAGCGACAAACCCUUGCAAUUGAAGUCAUUUUUGUUCCAAGCGAUGCAGGUAAAUGUAUGACACGGUACUUGCUCGAAGUGCCCAAGAAAGGAAGUGUGCUUGUCUUGAAGUGUGCGCUCAGUAAACUGUGCGGCGUGAGCCCAAGCUCCCUUCUGGUAGCCGAUAUCUACCAGUCAAUAACGUACCGUACCAUCAGAGAUACUGAACGGCUAAGCAGACUUCGAGAGGAUGACCGUAUUUUAAUGUACCAAAUUGCCCACGAGUCAGCUGACGAGUCCGCGUUCUACGGAUUUCUGUACCACAAAGUGGGACCAACUUUGACGGGCGAUCCGUUGUUAUUUACGUACACAGCUUCAACGACGUGUGCAGAGAUGUUGGAAAAGUGGAGCUUGCUACUCAGUACUCACAUCUCCCAAGCAUCCUGUGCUAAAAUUCCUGCCAACAUCCUUUCUCAAUGCAUUUAUCUGACCAAUCGUGAUGGCGUGAUUCUGCGUAAUGAGCCUCUUCCACCAGCUACCGACGCAAAAUUCAUCGACUUUGCCACAUCGCACGAUGAAGAGUUGUCUGAAGAUUUGGUGUUCGUUGCCGUAUCCUGGACAUCGUCAAUGCUGUUGUCAUCAGCGUCACCCCGGCCUGACAUCGAGCGAAUUGUAAAUCACGAGAGCAUGCGUGCAAAGUCAAAUGUCUCUCAUCAUGACGGAAUUUCUCUAUACGACUGUUUUCGAAACUUUGUAAAGCCGGAGACUCUUGAUCAAGCAAACUUGUGGUACUGCAGUAAGUGUCAGGAGCACCGACAAGCGCGAAAAACAAUGGAAAUGUGGCGGUUACCAGAUGUGAUGGUGCUUUCGCUUAAGCGAUUUGAGUAUCGUAAUGAAAUCCUGCGGGAUAAACUGGACGUGUACGUGGAUUUUCCGUUGGAAGGUCUUGAUAUGUCGCCGUUUUGUCUCGAAAAGAGCGAUGACAAGGACCAUCUUUGUUAUGAUCUAUUUGCUGUAAGCAAUCACUACGGUGGCAUGGGCUUCGGUCACUAUACAGCUUUCGCUAAGAGUUGGAACGAUGGGGUUGGCGAAAUGUACCCGGGUUGGUACUCAUUCGAUGAUAGUCAAGUGACACCAGCGAUGAUUGACCAGAUCAAGUCUAACGCCGCUUACAUUUUGUUUUACAAACGCAAAAGUCUUCAAGUCGGCGCAACUUGA